AUGCAGACUCUGUCUGAAGACACUAGCUCAAUAUUCACUGCGAAUGAGAAGGCAGAGUGGGCUGAGAUCUACGAUUGGGAUGACUCCAUGUUAUGCAUCCUUGGUCAUUUGCAUCUCACAACUGGAUGCCUUCAACUCACAGCAACCAUGUGUCUGAGCAGCGAGCUAAGCUUAUCUACAAGCUAUCUACAGGAGUCAGAGUUGAUUUUGCGCCUGCACAGAGUCUACAUCAGAGGCUUCAUCUGUGGAUCUUGGCUUGUUCGCUUUCCUACUCCUCCACUUCCAACCAGCAGCCGCGAUUCAGGCACUCCAGGACAUCGUCUACACUCUCCAGACCUUCACGGAGAGUUCAGGGCCUUCUCGCCAACCUACAAGGUGCUUGUAAGACACAAAGCUAAAAAGGGGGAGAUUGAAGAUGCAACUGGUUUGACGCAGAUCGUGAAUCAGUCAGGAAGUGCAUCAGGACGUAUGGACGGACAUGUAGCGGAGCUUAACGGAGCUAAAGGAUUGAUGCUGAGCUGGAUGCGAGCUUGUAGCGGUUAA